GUUAGUUGGUUAGUUUGUUAGUAUCUUAGUAUCCUUCGUCACGGUGGAUCUGCUCAUGGUCCGUCCACUCCGGAGGUUGUGUGAUCGAAUGGCAUUUCGGUGGCUUCGUUCAAGACAAACCUCCAGGGUCGGAUCCACUCCGUUUCGAGCAUGCCAUCCCGUGUGGUCAAUAUACCCUGUCUGGUCCCUGUCCGGUAUAUUUGAUAUCCGUUUGCCUCCUGUCGGCUCUUACUGGCUUCCCCUGGCGGAUUUUUUUCAACAUCUAUUUCUGUGACGCUUCAUCUCUCUCUCCAUCUCUCGUCAUCUCACGUUCCUUUCACUCCUCCUUUCCUCGUUGCUGUUGUUGUUGUUGCAUGGGUGACCCUUGACAACACUAACUGCAUUGCUACCAUCCCUCUCACCUCUCUCACCUCACCCAUAUCCCCGUCC